AUGUUUACGCGCCCCGGGCUCCUCGCCGCGGGCUCACUGCUCCUAGGAGCCGCCUCCGCCCGGCCGCCACUCGUCACGCCGGUCCUGGAUGCUCGAGCCCCAGCAGCUACGGAUCCUUGGGUCAGCGUUGAUACCUCGGGUGUGCCGAUCACGGUCACACCUGUAGUCACUGUCGUGGAUGGCGCCACGACUACGAUAUCGCCCGCCCCCAACGACCUGACCGAGACCGUGGUGACCAGGACUGAACAUGCAGAGAUCACCACCAGCACUGGCACCGCGCCUCCUGAGCCUAUAGCUACGAACAAGGAUGGGACGGGCUCGUUCCUGGUCUGUAAUAACGCCGAUGGGGAAUAUGCCCCGUUCUGUCAGCCUUCGUAUAACAGCUCGCUCUACCCGGGCACGACGUAUUAUGUCACCUGGGACACCUCCAUCUUCAGCUCCACCAACACAACCGUGAUCCUGGAGGGCUCUUACAUCAAUGCCACGACCGGAGAGGUCGCAUCACAGGCAUUUGCCUCUGACAAGAUCACGGCCGGCUGGUCAUACUACGCCUGGGCGGUAGACAGCAAGCUGCUGCAGGGCAAGGGCGCCGCCAACAUCACGCUCUUCCUCAACGCCCUCGACGCGGACGGGAACACGACCGCAAAGUCGUACGCCGGCCCCACCGUGCUCGUGACAAAGCCGGCGACGUACCACCAGCCGCCGCCCAAGAUGCCGACCGGCGCGGCGCUCUACAUCGGCCUGCCCACGGUCCUGGGCUUCUGCGUGCUCAUGAUCUUUGGCGUGUGCCUCUGGAACAGGCAGGCCCGCAAGAUCUCCCUCGGGAACAUCAUGUCGCGGAGCAGGCACGGCUACGGCGCCGCCAAGAGCCGCGCGAGGAGGAUGGGCCGCCGGAGGGACAGGAAGCCCGACCGCAUCCGCCUGAUGGACCACCUCCCGGAGGACCAGUACUACCGCGACGAGCCGCGGGAUCACCCAGCCCGUGGGGCCGGCGGCGGCGGCGAUGGCUCGGACCAGCAGCAUGUAUACCCCCGCCAGCAGGAUAAUGACUUCCUCGGCCACGGCCACGGCCACGCCAGGCGUGACAGUGAAGCCCUUGGGAGCUUGGCUGGGACUCCGACGAGUGCGAAUUUCCCUGCGGCGGAACCACCGCAACGGGGGAAUGUGUUUAGGGACGAGUUGGAGAGGCAGCAACGAGAAAGGUCUUGA